CUUGUCUUCAGCAGUUGCCACUGUUUGAUUAGAUCUUUCAUCUGAACAUCAAUUGCCAAUGGCUGCUCCUACUGCCAAUGCCGAGAAAUGGGACGCACAGGAAUCGAUCCGUGCUGACCCAUUGAGCGAUGGAUCAAGUUCUCAGGACCAUGAGACUGUUCCGAAGCGGCGACGAAUGUCAGAUGAAUCCAGCGCGCCCAGCAAGGAGAUCCUCUUUGCUGCAGGCAUAGGCAUCAAGGAUGAUGACCCGAACCUUCCUUGUCUGACAAUCCGUAUGUGGGUUAUUGGCAUCGGUUUUUGUCUCCUUGGUAGCGGUCUCAAUACACUGUAUACAUUUCGAUUGCCGUCCGUUACCCUCUCUCAAUCGGCUGUCCAGUUCCUUGCCUUCCCGCUGGGCAAGCUGUGGGAGCAUACCUUGCCAGACGUUGGAUUCAACUGCUUUGGGUCUCGCAUCUCUCUCAACCCAGGUCCUUUCAACGCCAAGGAGAACAUCCUUAUCUACAUCCUAGCCAAUCUCAGCUUCCUGACUAGGUUGAGCGCAGACGUCCUGACCGAACAGCGGUUCUUCUUUGGGGUCAAGGCAGGAUGGGGAUUCGAGCUCGCAAUCACAUUCGCUACAACAAUCUUUGGGUUCGCGUUGUCGGGCAUUUUCCGCGCUCUUGUCAUCGAUCCCCCGGGAUUCGUAUGGCCUGGUGUAUUGAGUGACACAGCCCUCAACUAUGCUUUGCAUGCUCGUGACAACGACAGCACGAAAGAAACCAAAUGGACCAUGUCGCGUUAUCGAUUCUUCAUCAUUGCGUUCUGCAUUUCUUUCGUCUGGUAUUGGUUCCCCGACUUCAUCUUCCCAGCUCUGAGCUCCUUCGCGUUCAUCUGCUGGGCUGCGCCAAACAAUGUCGUCGUCAACCAGGUAUUCGGCAUGAGCAGCGGCAUGGGCCUCCUCCCUGUAACAUUCGAUUGGGCCCAAAUAUCCUACAUCGGUUCGCCCCUCGUGGUACCAACUUGGACAAUUCUGAAUGUGCUGGCUUCUCUGGUCUUCUGGAUCUGGAUCGUGUCUCCCGCAAUCUACUAUACCAACACCUGGAAGUCAGCAUACUUGCCCUUCCAGAGCAACAAGAUCUUCGACAACACUGGAAAAGCAUACAACGUUUCCAAGGUCAUCGAUAAAUCCGAUGGGUUCGCUUUCAACGUUACCAAGUAUGAGCACUACUCGGAGCCGUACCUACCGGUCGUUUACGCAUUGAACACCUUCGGACUGUGCUUUGCAACGCUAACUUCGAUCUUCGUGUGGCUCUUCCUUGAGAAGCGCAAAGUCAUCAUGAACAUCGUAGCCGCGUCGUGGACCGGCAUUCCAUGGCUGAAGAGAUUCAACAAGUUUGCUCUGCGAAACCCUCAGCCCAACUACGCCGGCACUCCGACGUGGUGGUACUCUGCCGCCGGGCUUGUUGCGAUGGCUCUGGGCAUCUUCGCCUGCGAGUAUUACCCUGUUCAGUUGCGCUGGUAUGGCGCUAUUUUCGCUUUCUUCAUCUCUUUCAUCUUCUUUCUUCCCCUUGCUUGGGUAUACGCCACGGCCAACAUCAAGAUCCAGACCGAGAUCUUGUGCCGUAUCAUUGCGGGUUUCUUAUGGGAGGGCAAGGUUCUGGCAAACAUCUGGUUCUUUGAUCUCGGCUACAUUUCGUCGAUCAAGGGCCUUGCAUUUGCGCAAGAUCUGAAGCUAGGAAUCUACUGCGGCAUACCACCGAGGAAGCUCUUUAUCGCCCAGGCCGUCGGCAUCCUCUUCGGAACCCUCAGCCAAGUCGCCGUCGUAAACUGGGCCCUAAACCACAUCCCCAACAUCUGCACGAAGAAAGCCCCCAACGGCUUCACGUGCCCCUUCUCGCAGACGCACUUCAACACGAGCCUAAUCUGGGGCGCCGUCGGACCCCGCCGCUUCUUCGCCAGCGGCGCCCUGUACCAACCCCUCCUCUGGUUCUUCCUCGUGGGCGCCGUCCUCCCCGUCAUUGUCUACUUCGCGCGCAGGAGGUUCUUCUUCGGGUCCCGCUGGCUCAGCAAAGUCCACAUCCCCGUCUUCCUCGGCGGCCUGAACUACAUCCCCCCGGCGUCCGGCAUGAACUACGCCAGCUGGGCCAUCGUCGGCCUCGUCGCCGGUCUGUGGGUCAAGCGCCGCCAACGCGAGUGGUGGACCAGGUACAACUUCAUCCUCAGCUCCGCGCUCGACUGCUCCGUCGCCAUCUGCGGCAUCGUCAUCUUCUUCGCCAUCUUCUAUACCGGCGCCGCGGCGAAGUUCUCCUGGUGGGGCACGACGGUCAAUUCUGUAAGUUGGAUCUCAUCCCUUGCUUUGGAUCUCAAUGGGGACGUGCGCUAAUUUGUUCUCUUCACCGGCACAGAAUACUUGCGAUGCGAAGGGAUGCACAUAUAUGUCGAUUGCGAAGGGCGAGAAGUUCGGGUUGUAAUUUCGCGAUGAUGGUGAUGAUGAUGACGUUGUCGUAUGAAGCAUUUUGCAGCGGCUUUUUGUGUUGGUUGUAAGAGCAUGCAAGCGUUUUAGUACAGAGGAUAGGCGCGUUGGGCCGUCCUAGCUUCCUAUCCAUGAAGUAGUUAUUCAAAUAAUAUGCUGUAGUUGGCUAACAGUCACAAGGCCUCGCGAGAUAUGUACUUGUACUUGUACAGUUGUGGACAUGGAGAAUACGAGCAUGCGUCCAUCCCGACGUGUCUGCCCUCUGUUGUGUCGGGAUCGUGCGGCAUGUUAUCGCAAGCCAUCAACAGCAAUGCUGAA